AUGGAGCCGUUAAAGCCACUGUUACUAAUCUCCUUUGUCAUCACUGGCCUGUUGGUUACUGCGCGAGCUGAGGCUGACUCCACCAUAACCCGCUAUGCUAGCGAAUUGAACAUCGAUGGUUCUUACAGUUUUGAUAUAGCGCAAUCGAAUGGCGCCGAACAUCGCGAGGAUGGCGUGGGUGGACAAUAUGCUCAGGGUUAUUUCCGUCACUACUCGCCGGAAGGAAAAUUCGUGCAAAUUAUUUACGUAGCCGAUGAGAAUGGCUAUCAGCCGCAAUCCGAUGCGCUUCCUACGCCACCACCGGUGCCUGCACACAUACAGCGAGCCAUUGAGUACAUACGCGCACAUCCCACACCCGAAGAGUUGGCCGAUCAACAGGUGCGCGCACGACAGUUUUAG